CAUUAUGUGGGUGUCGUCACAUAUAUUUUUACCGCCAAUUCCUGGUAUCUUGUGGUUAUAUAAUCUAACAUGGGAUACCAUAUAUUAAACCACUUUAGUAUACUAUCUGGCUUUGCCACGAAGCUCUUGCGCGAGCCCAGGCUUAGAUUUGGCUAUGGUAUAUCUUACGUUAGUACAUUGUCAAGUCGGAGAUCAAUUUCUCUGGGACAUGUUAGCAAUCGGUGUCGUGUAGAACGCUAUACUACUUCCAGGGACCCAGCUUCUAGCGACAUGGUUGAUGGCUGUCCUGCUGACUCUGUGAUGGAAGCUCCAGUUCAAUUUAGGGAGGAUUCUACUCCCGAGAAACUCUUGGAAUUGACUGCCACUUAUUGGCGUCGUUUACGAUACAAGCGUCCCGUAUUGUUGACUUGUAACGUUGACACGUCUAUUGAGUGUCGCAUGGCUGAUACUGUAUUGGCUGCUGGUGCUACGUGUCAUUCCAUAUCGGAUAUUCCUUCACUUUUACAUCGCAUGACUCAGUAUGGUUCUAGCAACAUUCUUGGUUGCUACAUUCGUGUAUCGUCUAAUGAUUCCUGGUUAGAUGCUCACCACGACCUUUACGACUCGUUGUCCAAGGGUUGCAAUGCUCUGGUGGUUGAUGUUACCGUUGAGCCUGGUGCGUCCUUACGGAGCAUUACUGGUAUCGAUUCCCUGCUCUCUGGUGUUAAGCCUACUAUUAUCCGUUUCAUCACGGGGACUACUACUUAUCUGGGUGCAUUGGUUCCUGGAGCUGUUUUACCCAAUGCUGAAUUAACUCCCUUGAUGCAUGCUUAUGCAUUAUCCAAACGUUACAAUGCUGUAGUGGUUGAUAGUGCACUAUGCCCCGUAGUGCUUAACGCUGCUGACAGUGAGGGUGUUGUAUUUCCUCGUCCUCCUAGUGUUGCUAAGAAGGUACAUGGAUUUGACGCCAGUGCUGGUGCCAUUGUUGCUGCAAUGGCCGCAUGUUCUUCAAACAGUGCCAUGUUAUCUGCCAUUACUGCUACUUUGGGUGUGGAUUACGGUGUAACACGCUGUGCCGAUAUAUCUGAGGGCCCGGGAUCAUUGGCUGUUAACUUUAUUGACAAGAUGCACUUGAUAUCGUCGUCUCCUGAUAACCUUUUGCAACAUUACACUGGUGUGAAAUUUUACAGGCGUUGUUUUGACGACCCCAAGGUAGCUGGAGACCCUGAUGAACACGACUCUAGCACUGGUUGAUCCACUUACAUCCCUUGAAGCACCGGGAAUUGGUUAUAUAACAUACUUGAGUCAAUAUCGCUAUCUAAUGUACCAUGGGU